CUUCCCCAUUUGCCCUCAGCCCAAGUAGCAGAGAACAUGUGGGCAAGGGGAGAGGGGAAGAGUCCAGAAAUUGAGCCAGACGAAAACUUAAGACUGCCUAGAGUUGGUGAAAUUAUGGCCUGGUGGAGAGGAGUGGGCACCGGAGAGUAGUGGGGGAGUUGGAACAGGACAGGGUCAGGCAUGAGGCCAGGGCAGAGGACUCAGGAACUGGAUGCUCAGGCUGCCUGGCUGGGGUGGUUCCUGAGCAUCUGUAGGCACCCUAGGGUCUGGGAGAGCAGCCUGAAGGUGGGCGUACUGUAGGUCCCUGGGCUUCGUCCCCCUGGGCUCCUGGCUGCCCAAGGACAGGGCGGGGGUGGGGACCAAGAAGCCCGGGCUCUCCCGGAGGUCUGGUGGUGGGAUGGGCCGAUGGAUGUGGGAGAGGUAGCUGGAGCAGAUGACACAGGCAUAGAUUCUUUACUGGCUGGAGGGAAAACCACAGAUUGGCCAGGACACAGGAGGCAGAGGAGCUGGGUCCUACAUUCCCGUGGGAGAUAGCCCAGAUGGUGGGAGGGUCAGAGUCCUCAGUGGGCAGCUGUUCUUAUCCAGAGCGAGUGUGCUGCGCCCCUAGGAUGGGAGGAGGGGAACUAGGGUGUGGAACGAGCCAAAUCCAGGAGUGGAAAGAGAAGCUGCCUCCCAUUUCUACGUUGUGGACACCAGGUGCCACUCCUGUGGGGGAUCAGCACAGCAUCUCCUUUGCGCCACCUGGUGGGGGCAUCUCAAAUUUGCGGGGUGCUGUUUCUGUGUUUCCAAUAAUUGACCUGCUGACUGUGGGCGAGUCUCGGCAGAUGGUAGCUGUGGCAGAGAAGAUCCGGACAGCCUUGCUCACUGCUGGGGACAUCUACCUCUUAUCCACCUUCCGCCUGCCCCCCAAGCAGGGUGGUGUCCUCUUUGGCCUCUAUUCUCGCCAAGACAACACUCGAUGGCUGGAGGCCUCUGUUGUAGGCAAGAUCAACAAAGUACUGGUGCGAUACCAGCGGGAGGAUGGCAAAGUCCACGCCGUGAACCUACAGCAAGCAGGCCUGGCUGAUGGGCGCACACACACAGUUCUCCUGCGACUCCGAGGUCCCUCCAGACCCAGCCCUGCCCUACAUCUCUACGUGGACUGCAAACUGGGUGACCAACAUGCAGGCCUUCCAGCACUGGCCCCCAUUCCUCCAGCGGAGGUCGAUGGGCUGGAGAUUAGGACUGGACAGAAGGCGUAUUUGAGGAUGCAGGGCUUUGUGGAAUCUAUGAAAAUUAUUCUGGGUGGGUCCAUGGCCCGGGUAGGAGCCCUGAGUGAGUGUCCAUUCCAAGGGGACGAGUCCAUCCACAGUGCAGUGACCAAUGCACUGCACUCCAUUCUAGGGGAGCAGACCAAGGCGCUGGUCACCCAACUCACCCUCUUCAACCAGAUCCUGGUGGAGCUGCGGGAUGAUAUACGAGACCAGGUGAAGGAGAUGUCCCUGAUCCGAAACACCAUUAUGGAGUGUCAGGUGUGCGGCUUCCAUGAGCAGCGUUCCCACUGCAGCCCCAAUCCCUGCUUCCGAGGUGUGGACUGCAUGGAAGUGUACGAGUACCCAGGCUACCGCUGUGGGCCUUGCCCCCCCGGCCUGCAGGGCAACGGCACCCACUGCAGUGACAUCAAUGAGUGUGCUCAUGCUGACCCCUGUUUCCCGGGCUCCAGCUGCAUCAACACCAUGCCCGGCUUCCACUGUGAGGCCUGUCCUCGAGGGUACAAGGGCACACAGGUGUCUGGUGUGGGCAUUGACUAUGCCCGGGCCAGCAAACAGGUCUGCAAUGACAUCGAUGAAUGCAACGAUGGCAACAAUGGUGGCUGUGACCCAAACUCCAUCUGCACCAACACUGUGGGCUCUUUCAAGUGUGGUCCCUGCCGCCUGGGUUUCCUGGGCAACCAGAGCCAGGGCUGCCUCCCAGCCCGGACCUGCCACAGCCCAGCCCACAGCCCCUGCCACAUCCAUGCUCACUGUCUCUUUGAACGCAAUGGUGCAGUGUCCUGCCAGUGUAACGUGGGCUGGGCUGGGAAUGGGAACGUGUGUGGGACUGACACAGACAUCGAUGGCUACCCAGACCAAGCACUGCCCUGCAUGGACAACAACAAACACUGCAAACAGGACAACUGCCUUUUGACACCCAACUCUGGGCAGGAAGAUGCUGAUAAUGAUGGUGUGGGGGACCAGUGUGAUGAUGAUGCUGAUGGGGAUGGGAUCAAGAAUGUUGAGGACAACUGCCGGCUGUUCCCCAACAAAGACCAGCAGAACUCAGAUACAGAUUCAUUUGGUGAUGCCUGUGACAAUUGCCCCAACGUUCCCAACAAUGACCAGAAGGACACAGAUGGCAAUGGGGAAGGAGAUGCCUGUGACAACGACGUGGAUGGGGAUGGCAUCCCCAAUGGAUUGGACAAUUGCCCUAAAGUCCCCAACCCACUACAGACAGACAGGGAUGAGGACGGGGUGGGAGAUGCUUGCGACAGCUGCCCUGAAAUGAGCAAUCCUACCCAGACAGAUGCAGACAGCGACCUGGUGGGGGAUGUCUGUGAUACUAAUGAAGACAGCGAUGGGGAUGGGCAUCAGGACACCAAGGACAACUGCCCACAGCUGCCAAAUAGCUCCCAGCUGGACUCUGAUAACGAUGGACUUGGAGAUGAGUGUGAUGGGGAUGAUGACAAUGAUGGCAUCCCAGAUUAUGUGCCUCCUGGUCCUGAUAACUGCCGCCUGGUACCCAAUCCCAAUCAGAAGGACUCAGAUGGCAAUGGUGUUGGUGAUGUGUGUGAGGAUGACUUUGACAAUGAUGCUGUGGUCGACCCCCUGGAUGUGUGUCCUGAAAGUGCAGAGGUAACGCUUACGGAUUUUCGGGCCUAUCAGACCGUCGUCCUGGAUCCUGAGGGUGAUGCUCAGAUUGACCCAAACUGGGUUGUGCUCAACCAGGGCAUGGAAAUCGUUCAGACCAUGAACAGUGACCCUGGCUUGGCAGUUGGAUACACGGCCUUCAAUGGUGUGGACUUUGAAGGCACCUUCCAUGUGAACACAGUGACUGAUGAUGACUACGCAGGCUUUCUCUUCAGUUAUCAAGACAGUGGCCGCUUCUACGUAGUCAUGUGGAAGCAGACCGAGCAGACCUACUGGCAGGCUACACCCUUCCGGGCGGUUGCCCAGCCCGGGCUGCAGCUCAAGGCAGUGACAUCAGUGUCUGGCCCAGGUGAGCACCUCCGAAAUGCCCUGUGGCAUACUGGCCACACCCCCGAUCAGGUACGACUGCUGUGGACAGACCCACGAAAUGUGGGCUGGCGGGACAAGACCUCCUAUCGCUGGCAGCUUCUGCACCGGCCUCAAGUUGGCUACAUUCGGGUGAAGCUCUAUGAGGGACCCCAGCUUGUGGCGGAUUCUGGGGUGAUCAUUGACACAUCCAUGCGAGGGGGGCGUCUUGGUGUAUUCUGCUUCUCCCAAGAAAACAUAAUUUGGUCCAAUCUCCAGUAUCGAUGCAAUGACACAGUGCCUGAGGACUUUGAGCCAUUCCGGAGGCAGCUGCUCCAGGGAAGGGUGUGAGGAGGAGGCCACCAGAUUCAGAAUUCAGAAUUUUAGACCCUUUGGCCUUGGGGUCCAUCCUGGAGACCCUGAGGUCUAAGCUACAGCCCCUCAGCCAACCACAGACCCUUCUCUGGCUCCCAAAAGGAGUUCAGUCCCAGAGGGGUGGUCACCCCACCCUUCAGGGGAUGAGAAGUUUUCAAGGGGUAUUACUCAGGCACUAACCCCAGGAAAGAUGACAGCACAUUGCCAUAAAGUUUUGGUUGUUUUCUAA